AUGAAGUUCACAGCCACCCUCGGCCUUUUUCUCGCAGCCCUCCCACUGGUAUACAGUCACUGCUGUUACCGUUCAGACUGGGCUCCCGGAAACCAGUGCGCCGGCAGUCAUGACACUGAAAGCGGAGAAUCUACACAUAUAGGCGUCUGUACAACGAGCCGUGUCACAAUGGGCAGGGUAAACGAAGAUGUGCCGCUCAAGAAUGGGUGA